AUGUAUAAUGAAACAUCAAAUAUACAAAACCAAACUUUUAACUCAACUAAAAAUGAUGCAAGUGCUGACUUAACUUCUAAUCCAAUUGCUAUAAAUAUAUCUUUAAAGCCAGAUGAAGCAGAAUUUACACUAGUUAUCUUUAAAAAUAAAAGAAAUAAGAGCAAAAAGAAGAAUUAA